GUGUGUGUGUGUGUGUACUCUGUUAGCCCUUGCCAGACUGCCCAGUGCAGCGUUUUUCAGGGAAGAAAGGAAGGCAUGGAGCAUGUCAGUUUUUCUUCCUAGCUUGUUCCUGGGAAAGGAGGAGGGAGCGAGGGAGGAGCUUGUGCUUCAUGCCGAUGAGCUAAGAGUUCCCUGUUAGUCCUGGGUGCCUUCGGGGAGCAUGGGGGCCGGGGGGCUUGUGUCUGGUCUUGUUAGAGGAGAGUCAGUCCCCUUCCUUGGGGAGGUGAACCUGGGGGCCAGGCAGGCCUGCAGUGGGGGUUUCAAAGCGGAAGCAGGCCGGGUGAUGGUAUCACACAGCAAGACUCAGCCUUCCGGAGUCUGGACAGCAGAGGGAGGGCGGCUUGUGCUCUGCGCUCGGUCUCCGGAAGGCUGCGUGCACCCAUCGCUGGGACAGCAGAGGCUUCAGGCUUCAGUUUCUCGCUCCGGAAGGGACCGUGAGCAAGGCCGGGGCUCUGCGUUCAGUCAGGAUACAACAGCCAUUUUGCUGUGGAUAACUGGCAUUACCUGGGACUCAUGGAAAUUUCCUAGUCGCAGUUUACAUUCACGCAAGAAUUUCCCAGCCUCGACUUUUCCUGCUCUUGCUCAAGGCUGCUCACUGAUAUGCAAAGCAGAGACCUCCCACCCCAGUCAGCAGACGCAGCAGGGACUCAGCCAGCUGCACUGACACACUGAUUCAGCUCAGCCUCUGGGGAGCAGCCCCUGGCCAGACCCUCAGCAUCAGCCAUGGAGACUCCGGCUUCAGGCUCAGUCGAGAUGCCGCGCCAGUUCCCCAAGCUGAACAUCUCUGAGGUGGAUGAGCAAGUCCGGCUCCUGGCUGAGAAGGUGUUUGCCAAAGUGCUCCGGGAAGAGGACAGCAAAGAUGCCCUGUCGCUCUUCACUGUCCCCGAGGACUGCCCCAUCGGGCAGAAGGAGGCCAGGGAGAGAGAACUGCAGAAAGAGCUGGCGGAGCAGAAGUCAGCGGAGACGGCGAAAAGGAAGAAAAGCUUUAAGAUGAUUCGAUCCCAGUCCCUGUCUCUGCAAAUGCCAAUGCCACAAGAUUGGAGGGGCCCCACAACAACCAGUCCGGCCAUGUCUCCUUCAACCCCUGUGGUCACUGGGGCCACUUCCCAGCCCGGGCCAGUACCCUACGCCAUGCCUGAGUUCCAGCGGGUCACCAUCAGCGGAGAUUACUGUGCUGGGAUCACCGUGGAAGACUACGAGCAGGCUGCCAAGAGUCUGGCCAAGGCCCUGAUGAUCCGGGAAAAGUACGCACGGCUGGCCUACCACCGCUUCCCACGCACCACAGCCCAGUACCUGGGACACCGGCAGGCAGGCGCGGCUCUUCCAGAAGAGGGUCUCCCAGAAUUCCAUCCUCCCCCGCUGCCCGAGGAAGACCCUUACUGCCUGGACAACGCUCCUCCCAACCUAGGCUACUUGGUUCGCAUGCAGGAGGGCAUCCUCUUUGUGUAUGAUGACCAGAAGAGGCUGGAGCAGCAGGAGCCCCACAGCCUGCCCUACCCUGACCUGGAGACCUACACGGUGGACAUGAGCCACAUCUUGGCGCUCAUCACCGAUGGCCCCACGAAAACAUAUUGUCACCGGCGACUAAACUUUCUGGAAUCCAAGUUCAGCCUUCAUGAGAUGUUAAAUGAAAUGUCCGAGUUCAAAGAGUUGAAGAGUAACCCCCACCGAGACUUCUAUAAUGUGAGAAAGGUGGACACACACAUCCACGCGGCUGCUUGCAUGAACCAGAAGCACUUGCUGCGUUUCAUCAAGCACACGUACCAGACGGAGCCGGACAGGACGGUGGCCGAGAAGCAGGGUCAGAAGGUCACCUUACGGCAGGUCUUUGACAGCCUGCACAUGGACCCCUACGACCUCACUGUGGACUCUCUGGAUGUCCACGCGGGCCGGCAGACAUUCCACCGCUUUGACAAGUUCAACUCCAAAUACAACCCUGUAGGUGCCAGCGAAUUGCGUGACCUCUAUUUGAAAACUGAAAACUACCUGGGAGGAGAGUACUUUGCUCGGAUGGUCAAGGAGGUGGCCAGGGAGCUGGAGGAGAGCAAGUACCAGUACUCGGAGCCUCGGCUCUCCAUCUACGGCCACAGCCCUCAGGAGUGGUCCAGCCUGGCCCACUGGUUCAUCCAGCACAAGGUUUACUCGCCCAACAUGCGCUGGAUCAUCCAGGUGCCCCGGAUCUAUGACAUAUUUAGGUCAAAGAAGCUGCUGCCAAACUUUGGGAAGAUGCUGGAGAACAUCUUCCUGCCCCUGUUUGAGGCCACAAUCAACCCCCAGGAUCACCGAAAGCUUCACCUCUUCCUCAAAUAUGUGACCGGGUUCGACAGUGUGGAUGAUGAGUCGAAGCACAGUGACCACAUGUUCUCGGACAAGAGCCCCAGCCCGGACAUCUGGACCAGUGAGCAGAACCCCCCCUACAGCUACUACCUAUACUACAUGUAUGCCAACAUCAUGGUACUCAACAAUCUUCGCAGGGAACGAGGCCUGAGCACAUUCCUGUUCCGCCCUCACUGUGGAGAGGCUGGCUCCAUCACUCACCUGGUGUCUGCGUUCCUGACUGCCGACAACAUUUCCCACGGGCUGCUCCUUAAGAAGAGCCCAGUGCUGCAGUACCUCUACUACCUUGCUCAGAUCCCCAUCGCCAUGUCCCCUCUGAGCAACAACAGCCUGUUCCUCGAAUAUUCCAAAAACCCUCUGAGGGAGUUCCUGCACAAGGGGCUACACGUUUCUCUCUCCACCGAUGACCCCAUGCAGUUCCACUACACGAAGGAAGCACUUAUGGAAGAAUACGCGAUUGCCGCCCAAGUGUGGAAGCUGAGCACGUGUGACUUGUGUGAGAUUGCCAGGAACAGCGUGCUGCAGAGCGGCCUCUCACAUCAGGAAAAACAAAAAUUUCUAGGGCAAGAUUAUUAUAAAGAAGGUCCUGAAGGAAACGACAUUCGAAAGACAAACGUCGCUCAGAUCCGGAUGGCGUUCCGGCACGAGACGCUAUGCAAUGAGCUCAGCUUCUUGUCUGACGCCAUGAAAUCAGAGGACCUGAACAUUUAGAUUCAGCACCGGACAGGCAUUUUGACUUUUUGGUUUAAUCUCGAGUCUGUUGUGACCAGAAGUGGUCAAGCUUCCAAACUGGGACUCUCCUUCAUGGAGAGGAUGUUUCUGAAGAACUUUCAGAUCAAUGACUCUGGUCGCACAGCUCACUUUAAGAUCGGUAUGUCCACCUCCGUUAAUGUACCCGAGUAGCAGUGAUUCUCCCUUGGGGGUUAUGGGGGCUGGACAUUCAUCUUUCCUUAUUCCUGGUUUUACGGAUACUACUCGACACCGCCCGCGUGCAUCUUGUGGGCACGGACUUCCCAUGGCCCAGAGCCCACUGACAUGAAGGCUGUGUGUCUUCCGUAGGCUGCCGUUGGUCCUGCAGGCUAGCUGGUAGUUGGUAGCUGUUUCUUCCAGCCUCUGGCUGGCUGCCUUAAGCAAAAUCGAUUUCAAAGCUCUCUUUCAUAAAGAAGCUAUUUUGAGAUCAUUAAAAUAGAAAACUUUCUUCUAGACAAAUUUUUUUCUUUUAAUGAAUUUGUUCAACUAUUUAGCUUCCCUUCUGCCUACUUAGGAAACCAAAUAUGUACAUUGAAACAAUCAUUCUUUAAUUUUGGCUUCCUCAUCUGAAAAGUAAAAGUUUGGAUUAAGGGGCUAGAAAGCGGCACACCUGGUUAAGUGCAUCGGUUACCAAGUGCAGGGACCUGGGUUUAAGCCCGUGGUCCCCACCUGCAGGGGGAAGGCUUCAUGAGCAGUACUGCAGGUGUCUCUGCCUCUUUCUCUAGCCCCCUUUCUCUCUCAAUUUUUCUCUGUCCUAUCAAAUGCAAUCAAUAAAUAAAAUCUUUAAAAACUUU